CUCUACAGAAUUUAAUAGCAAAAACAGUCGCAGUUUGGGAAGGGAUCUGGAAUUUUUUGCAUCAGCUUAAGAAGAUUUAACAGCUUUGAGUUCUGUCCAGAAGUUAAAGCUUCCAAAUGAAGAUUCUSAUAAUGAUUGAUUUUGUCCUUGCAGCUAGCCUGAUGGAUGUCAUUGGCAGCUCUGAUCUACAGAAAUGUUUUCAAGAGCAAUUAUGGCUUCAGGGCCAGGUGAGGCUUCUGGAACAUCGUGUGAAACAGAAACAGUUAAAAAUUAUACAGCUCUUAGAGAAGAAAGAAAUUCAGUACAGUGACAGAGAAGAUGAAAACAGUGUCAUUGACUUGGGAGGAAAAAGACAGUAUUCAGAUUGUGCAGAAAUCUACAAUGAAGGCCAUAAGCAAAAUGGAUUUUAUAAAAUAAAACCACUCCAGAGUCCUACUGAAUUCCUUGCAUUCUGUGAYAUGUCUGAAGGAGGAGGUUGGACUGUUUUUCAGAGGCGUUCUGAUGGCAGCCAGAAUUUUGAUAGAGUCUGGGCUGACUAUGAAGAAGGCUUUGGAAAUUUUGUUUUGAAAAAUGGUGAAUUUUGGCUUGGUAACAAAAAUCUUCAUUAUUUGACUAAUCAAGGGAAUUAUACUUUAAGAAUUGAUCUUACUGAUUUUGAAGGAGAACGGCGUUUUGCACAAUAUGCAAAAUUCAGAGUUGCAGGAGAAGAGCAUUCUUAUGAGAUGAGUUGUGGUGAAUACUCUGGCACAGCUGGUGAUUCCCUUACUGGUGAUUUUCAUCCUGAAGUAAAAUGGUGGGCUGAUCAUCGAGGAAUGAAAUUCAGUACUAGAGACAGGGAUAAUGACAACUAUGAGGGGAACUGUGCUGAAGAGGAAAAGGCUGGCUGGUGGUUUAACAGGUGUCACUCUGCCAACCUGAACGGUUUGUACUACAGAGGGCCCUACACUGCCGAGACAGACAACGGGAUUGUUUGGUACACCUGGCAUGGGUGGUGGUAUUCCCUAAAAUCCGUGGUCAUGAAGGUUAGACCUGCAGAUUUUGAACGUAAUAUUGUUUAAGUAUUUCAUUAACACAUUCACCUGGUUAAUCUUUUAGGAAAUUAAUUCCAAAUUAUAAUGGGCRGAUUUUUACUUCUCAAUCUGUGCGUGUAUAAAUUUAGAAUAAUUCCUCUGAAACCAGUAGUUUUAUGAGAUGUAAGUGAAAAGACAGGCUAGCCUAUGAAUCUUUAGAUAUAAAUAAUAAUGCUAAUAUGGGUCCAGGAUUUUUUUGAAAAGGCAUCUUUAUCAACAUGGAGAAUUAGGAAUAGACAUCUUUAGGAAUAGACAUCUUUAUCAACAUGGAGAAUUUUUGCCUUAUAGUAACUACAAAUCCUUUCAUCCUUAAAGGCAACAGUAUUGUUACUGUGUUGCCUCAAAAACAAAAAUUAAUUGUACUUAUUACAAUUWAAAAAGACUACUCAGAUAGAAGCAUAAUGUUUACUCAGUGAGAUAGAAGCAUAAAGUUUACUCAGUGGAUGGAACAUACCUGCUUUAGAAAAGUUCACAACUUUCAAAAUUAUAGUUUCCUGUAAAUUCCUCUAAUGUAAUGGUUGCAUGUGUUGUGUACAUAGCAUACAUAAAAGGUAUAAAGAAUGACGCAGGGAACUGAGGAAAGAGAAGGGAUGCUACUAGGGUAGAAUCAAUUGAAUUCAGCUUAGAAGUGUCUGUUGUUUGCUGAAGCAUUGCUAAGGCUGGUCAAAUUUCAAUCUAACAUUUUUAGAUAGUCAAUAAUUAUGCUUUUCUUGUUCUUGGUAACCAUCAUGCCUUUUAAAAAAAUAUUUCUUUUUAGGGUCUUUUUUUUAGUUUCCUUUCGAAAGACUUUAAUACGCUGAUAUUUGGAGUUAAUAAAAGCUGCAUGUGAGCUAAGCUUUGAACAGAGGUCAUGUAUAGAGGGAAGUGUAUUUCUUGUGCAGCAAAAAUCUGUCAUUUCAGAGGUUCUUAGUGCUUGGCACUAUAAAUCUCUGCCUUCUUUUUGUAUCUGUUAGAUUUCAAAACUCUCRUCAGUCACUACUUCUCCUCUUCCUAUGUACUUGUUUAGGCUCUCUGGGKUUUUUUUCCAUCUCAAGCUGCAGAUCCAUAUUUUUCUUGUACAAGAAAAAUGGUAAAAGAGACUCUGCCUAUCCCUGUUUUUUGUGCAUAGUACUACAAUAGAAUCUAAUAGCCAGUAAUAACAAGAGUUGCUGAUUUGUGCUUGCUGCCACGGAGAAGAUAUGAACACCUCUAGAAAGCCAUCCAAUGAAAUGCAGUCCAUUUCUGCUGGGCAGAAAGGAAGACUUCAAAAAAAAAAAAAAAAGAUUCUUAGCUUGCUUUCCUUAAAUAAUUUUGCUUUUGUGGUUGAACUGCCACUCUCUCUCCCUCUGUCCAAAUACAGUUUUUGAAUGUGGCAGCCACUUCCAGUCACACUUAAUAUAAUAGAGUCAGUUUAUAACUGCAUUGCUAUGAAAACAGGUCAGCUGAAUGGUAACUCUCUGCAUGGCAAUUUUUCCUUCCAUUUUCAUCGUCCCAAAAGAAAAGUCUUUUAAYGAUCCUUGGAAGAAUUUCACGGAAUAAGGGAGGGAAGAUGUUUGGAACAACUGGAGGGACAAAAAAGGAUUUAUAUUAAACAAUCACACUCAAUACUAUAAAUCAGAUUACACCUAAACAAAACAAAAACAAAACCAAAA